CGAUUGAUACCUCCUUCUCGUUGAGUUUCCUUCUUGUUCCCACGCACCAUGGCUGAUUCUUCCAAACCUGAGGCCGAGCAGAAAACUCAAGCCGAGGCCGAAGAAGCGGCCCGGAGAGCUGCCGAAGCUGAGGAGGCCCGGAGAGCUGCCGAGGCCGAAGAAGCGGCCUGGAGAGCUGCCGAAGCUGAGGAGGCCCGGAAAGCUGCCGAAGCUGAGGAGGCCCGGAAAGCUGCCGAAGCUGAGGAGGCCCGGAAAGCUGCCGAAGCUGAGGAGGCCCGGAAAGCUGCCAAAGCUGAGGAGGCCCGGAAAGCUGCCGAAGCUGAGGAGGCCCGGAAAGCUGCCGAAGCUGAGGAGGCCCGGAAAGCUGCCAAAGCUGAGGAGGCCCGGAAAGCUGCCGAAGCUGAGGAGGCCCGGAAAGCUGCCGAAGCUGAGGAGGAGGCCCGGAAAGCUGCCGAAGAGGAGCAUCGCAAGCGCGAGGAACGACUUUUUUAUCAUCUCGAACUGUUUCCAUCCAAGGUCAAGAAUGAGCUCAAAAAGGGCAAUUUGCAGGCAAUUCUUUCCCAAGCAGUCCUAAACUUCAUCGAGCAAGCUGAAAACGUGCGACUCGCCACGGGAUCCAGCGACCCCACGUGCGACAAUGAGCAUGGCCAUACGGCUAAGAUGGCAACGGCCAUGAUGCUCGCGCAUUAUGAAAGAGCCAGGUCCCAGGGCAGCCUUCAAAACGAGCUUUCAGAUGCCGAGAUGGCGAUUGUGCAAGAUCUGGACGACAGCAUGGUACCACGAGCAAAGGUGAAUUUGAGCGGUGCUGCUAACAACGAACGCGAGAACCAAGUCCUGGCCGGCAGAAUGUUGAAGGACUUGUUCGAGCUCCUGGCUGACCCUCAGAUGUGCGCUGUUUUAUCAUACGCUUACGGCAAGGCCAAGGACGUGGAGGCACGGAUUCAAAAGCACCUGGGCAUCUUUGUCGGCCGUGUGCCUCGCUGGUCAGAGGUGUAUGAGAUGUCUGUCAGAGCUCAGCUCUGCGAUAUGAUCUACAUUGCCCUCGAACAAGCCUCUGGAACUAAUCCUGAGCUCAGAGCUGCCCUCAAGUCAGUCACUUAUGAGUCUGAGUCCCUCUCUGCCUCCGUCGGCGAAUUUGAGGAGCUUGCAGGAGGACACUCCAAAGGCGCCGGUGAUGCCAGCGCUGCUGCGGCUGCUCAGACAGCAGAUGUUUCGCUGAUGGACCAUCUUUUCCGCCACUUUGCCGCUGAAGUCUGCCGUAAAAUCCAGUCCGGUUUUGAAGCGGCUCAGCAGGCCAUUCAAGAAGGAGUUUUGGAUCCCAUGAACAGCGUAUUUCCCAAGGAUUACCCGAUGGCCUGCGUAGCGCCCAGCACGGCCCAGCCAGUCCCAGUCGCCGCGCUCGACGAGGACCCCUUCAUUUGUGGUGUGCGAAAGGUUGAAGCAGUGGCUCACGAUCAUCUGACAAACAACGAGUUGCGGCAGGGUGAGGCCAUCAUUGCGGCUCUUUUGCGCGGUGACUUUGGCCUCUCAGCUGGCAACGAUACAUUUGCCAAGCGCAUGGUGACAUGUGAUGCGAACAUCGCCGAACAGCUGGGCGUGGCCGCAGCUGUAGUUGCCUAUUACCAUCCCAGACUCGUUAAUUUGAUUGUCGACAACUUCUCCAGGCAUCUUUGGGCCAAAGUACCCGCCCUGCUCGCAGACGAAGCGACGGAGACGGAGUCAACAUCAACAUGGCUUGAUGAGUUGGUCGAUGACUUGAUGCCUCGCUUGGAAGCGUCAAAGCAGCUGACGACUCCCAACUCCUAA